UUGAAUCAUUGAAUGUAAACACAGGACAGGUAAACACCUUCUAAACAGCACGUGUAAUCUGCUCACGGAUUCUAGAUUUGAUCGAAUUUAAUUUCUCAACGAGUGGUUAGAAACAGUAGUUUGUGACAAUGGUGUUUUUCACGUGCAAUCAUUGUGGAGAAUCGCUGAAAAAACAAGCAGUCGAGAAGCAUGGUUGGCGCUGCAAGCAGACGAUCAACGUUUCAUGCAUGGACUGCCAGAAGGACUUCACCGGUAGAGCGUACGAUGCCCACACAUCUUGUAUUACCGAAGCGGAAAAGUACUCUGGUAAAGACUACGUUCCAAAGGCGAAUGUAAAUAAAGGAGCGAAAAAACAAGAAGCUUGGCUCGAUACUAUCCGCUCUAUAACGGAUAAAAAGAAAAACCUGUCGAAAGGAGUUAGUGAAGUAUUCAAUGUGAUUCGUAAAAAUGACAAUAUUCCUCGUAAGCAGAAGGGAUUCUUGAACUUUUUCCAAAAUUCUGCCAAGCACAUUAAACAGAAUGACGUUCAGGCAGCCUGGAGUUUACUAGAGGAAGAAGUAAAGAAUUGCAGCAAUAACAAUGGAUCUCAGAAACCUUCAAACGGUUCAGAUUUUAAUGGAGUUAAGAUUAAUGAAACAAAUGGUUGCACAGAGAAUGGCAGCACGAAACGAAAACUCAUCGAAACCGUAACUGAUAGCGUUGACACAGAGCAGCCCACCCAAAAGAAGAAGAAAAAGCGGCAGGAUAAUUUCCCGAACGAUCAAACUAAUCUGAUGGAUGCUAGUAUAGUGGAAAGUGAAAUUCUGGACUCACAGCAAGCAGAAAAGUUCAAAUGGCGUGAAGCAAUCCGUACCACGCUGAGUGCUAAGGGGAACGAAAUGAAGCUGAACAAAUUGAAGAAAAAGGUACUGAAAAAGUAUCAUAAAUUUGUUGGAUGCAGCGUUGAUGCUGGCGAUAAGGUUGAACGCAAGUUUAGUAAAACAGUUACUAAACUCGGGCUGGUAGUGGAUAACGAAACUGUGCGACUGAUUGAUUGAUGUAAACAAAUAAAGUACAAUUUAUAAACA